AGUAUCUCACUGGUGUCUAACUUGGUCAAUAAGCCUAUGCAAAAAUGCAGAAAUUGCAAAACUUAACGAAAAAAUAUAGCAGACCACAAAUCUCACAGCCAAUUCGCUCGUAUUAUUUGGGUAGACACGGGUAAUAAAGCGAGGUGACAUUACCGGCAAAAAUGGGCCUAAAAAGGGAUUCUUUGUAUGUAUGUACAUACAUAUGUAUUAUAUACUUAAGUAUAUAGAUUCAAAUAGAAUACUAAUCGUAAUUGGUAUAGCAGAAUAUAACACGAAUUCCAUGAUAAAUCUAUCUUAUAUCUCAUCUGUGUCAGAGAAACAAUACGAACAGUUUACUGCUUUAUCGACUAAAUACAUGCUCUAAACGUGGGUGGUAAAAUUUGAUCAGAAUGUUAAAGAUAAGAAUAAACGUCCAUCUAACAUUUUGUAUUAUUUAGUGUUUUAUGUGUUUAAUCAUAUUUAAACGUCAAACGUAAUCAAGUCAAGAAUAAAGAUGAAAUCAAUAAAUUUAGUUCACAUCACUUUCAUUAUUGUUACUAUGUUUAUAAUAAUUUAUGGUAGAGAUUUAAAAAAACCAUCAGUGUUAAUAGCCAUAUUAGUACGUAACAAAGCGCAUACAUUACCAUAUUUUUUAACCUUUUUGGAACAACUGAAUUAUCCAAAAUCACGAAUACAUCUAUGGAUACGCAGUGAUAACAAUAUCGAUAAAUCAAUAGAAGUAUUAUCUACAUGGCUUAGUCGUACAGCCAAUGAAUACCAUGGAGUUGAAACAAAUUUUAAUGAAAAAUCAAUUGGAUUCGAAGAUGAAAAUGGAAUUGCUCAUUGGUCAACACAAAGAUUUUUACACGUGAUAAAGUUACGGGAAGACGCGCUGAACGCGGGUAGAAAUAUCUGGGCAGAUUUUAUUUGGAUGCUGGAUGCAGAUGUUUUUUUAACAAAUGCGAAUACUUUGAAUGAAUUGAUCUUAAAGAAUCAGACUGCGGUUGCCCCAUUAUUAAAAUCCGAUGGUUUGUACAGCAACUUUUGGGCCGGAAUGACAAGUGAUUAUUACUAUCUGAGAACAGAUAAAUACGAACCGAUAUUGUUUCGGGAAGAAACUGGAUGUUUUAAUGUACCUAUGAUUCAUAGCGCCGUUCUUAUAGAUUUAAGAACACAUCUUUCGGAUCGAUUAACGUAUGAUCCAAAAAAUUUAAAUCACUACGACGGCCCUACGGAUGAUAUUAUAACUUUUGCGGUCGGAGCUAACAAGUCUGGUGUACCAUUAUUUAUUUGCAAUGACAAUAUUUACGGGAAUAUUAUAGUUCCAUUAGAAGAAACAGAAACAAUUGCGGAAGAUAUACAGCGACUAAUAAACAUUAAAACAGAAAUAUUAUCAAACAGUAAUUAUCUUCCAUUAUCGACAUAUCUAGAACAUUUUGUUCAAUAUCCCGCGGAAGAUACUUUACAGGUAGACCAUAUUUAUAUGAUAAAUCUUUUAAGGAGGCAAGAGAGACGCGACAGAAUGUAUAAACUCUUUAAAGAACUCGGCAUUCGAGCGGAAACUAUUGAUGCCAUUGACGGUAGGACAUUAAACGAAACUGUUCUUCAUAAAUUGGGAAUAGUAAUGAUGCCAGAAUACACUGAUCCUUAUCAUGAGCGACCAAUGACUAUGGGCGAAGUUGGUUGUUUCUUAAGUCACUAUGCUAUCUGGAACAAGGUAAUACAGAAUGGUUACAAAAAUGCUAUAAUAUUAGAAGACGACGUUCGUUUUGAACCAUUUUUUCGACAAAAAGUAAAUUACAUAUUAGCAGAAUUGAAUAGCCUUCAACUUGAAUGGGAUUUAGUUUAUUUGGGAAGAAAAAGAUUGGUUGAAAAUGACGAACCUUGGGUCGAUGGAUCGAAAUAUUUGGUGCAUGCUGCCUACAGUUAUUGGACAUUAGGAUAUAUCUUAUCGGCAAGAGGAGCGAAAAGACUCGUGGAAGCAAUGCCAUUGAAAAAAUUAAUACCCGUCGAUGAAUAUCUUCCUAUAUUAUCGGAUGCUCAUCCUAGAAAAGAUUGGAAAGUACAUUAUCCAAAGCGUAAUUUAAUCAUUCUUUCUGCAAAUCCUUUAUUAAUUUACCCCACACAUUAUACUGGGGAACAGGGAUAUGUUAGUGAUACAGAAGACUCUACUCUUGUAUUUAACCACCAGAACGUGAACAAAUCGAAAGAGCGGGAAGAUUUGUGAGUGCCAUAACAGAAAUUGAAGAUCUAUAAGGGAAUGAAAUAUACUUAAGUAAUCUUCACAAUGAUAUUGAAACAAAGCAUUUAAUUUCCAUGACAAAUAUGACUGCCAUUUAUGUUUAUGCUAUACAACUAUUAAUCAUAUAAGAAAUUGUACGAAUUCAAAGAGUAACUAUUUUAUGUAUCCCUUUCGUAAUUUGUUUAUAAGUACAUAUUUAUAUUAAGGCACCGACGAGAUACUGUAUCUCGUCGGUGAUUAAGGUGAUGCAAGCGUUGAGGUUGAACUCCGAAUUCCGCAUCAGUAAAACAGACCAUGUUUGAUCGAAAAUUAAGCUGAACAGAAACUGAUUUAAGCGCCACCUGAAUUAUUGCAUCCAACUAACGGUAUGCUACACUACGUUACCUUUCGCUAAUACCUAAAUGACACGUGUAUGCUAUAUGUAUAAGUACAUAAUUAAACAAUACUGACCAUGCA